CAUGAAGCUACUUUGUUUCAGCCCCGAGUCAUUAAUACCAGAAGUGCAAUAUAGAAAGGAUUCCAAAGUUCACAGGAGUAAAAAUGAAAAAUUCCAUAAACUCUUUCCCAAUGUUCCAUCAGACGAAUUGGUCAUCAAUACCUUUUCUUGUGCAUAUUUCGGAGAUAUACUUUUCCAGGGAUUCCUUUAUAUAUCGUCUUCGUAUUUUUGCUUUUAUUCUAAAAUUUUGGGUCACGAAACAAGAUUGGAAAUACCAUUGGAAAGUGUCAUCAAUAUAACAAGAGAAAGAACUGCUUUUGUUAUACCUAAUGCUAUUGGAAUAUUAUCAACUCAGGACAAGUAUGUUUUCGGAUCAUUAAUGGCAAGAGAUAAGACUUACAGAUUAAUGAUCAACGUUUGGAAAACAUUCUUACCAAAUAAGAAAGGAUUAGAAGAAAUCGAACAGGAAGAAUCAUCUGUCGGAACGCAAUCAGAUGACGAGAGCAAGCAAAAUCUGAUCGAAUUGAGUGUCGACUCGUCAGACGAUUCGUCAAAUCAGUGUCCAAAUUGUGGUAUUUUACAAACUGAGAGUGUAUCAAAACUUCAAGUAAAAGAAAAAUCAGAUUGUGAAACCUCCCACAAACCCGGUGCUUUACAUAAUGAAGAAAAAUCAAAUAACUUCGUAAUAAAUAGGACCAAUUUAACUUUAAUUGUAUGUUCACUGUUGGUUGUUAUUCUUUCUGUCUCUGCUUUCUUCCUAACCGUGCGACUUUUCAACCUUCAAAACCAAAUCGAACACGGAUUUGGUGUGGACGAAAUAACUGCAGCUCAUUCAAGAAACCCUUAUAUACUUAACUAUAAUUUGAAACAAAUAGAACAUUCUGCAAAUAUUCAUCACUUGCAUUCCGUCUUAAGGGCAAACAUCGAUGCUCUAAAAGAAGUUGGAGACUCUCUCAGUCACCUGGCAACGUCUUCUAAACAUUCAAAACCGACUGAUUAA